UUUUUUAAACGAUGCGCCAACCUGAGUUUUAAUUGUUGAUCUCCUCCAGCUAUUGCCUGGGAAAAUGUCCUUCCUUGGAGGAGGCAUUUCCAGGAGUUUCAGCAAGUUUCCUUAGGAUCUUAUGAUUUCUGAGAUUCGAUUUCCUUCGGGCUGCGGGGGAAGGACGUAGGAGGUUGAUACCAGGCGCUACGCUUCGGAGGAGAACCGAUCGCCUACUCUAAAGCAACUCCGGCCUGAGCACUUAGCCCCUCCCGUUUGGGGGUCCCGGGGCUCCGCCCCCGCAGAGCAAACCCUAUAAAACCGCUGCGACCAGGGUUCUUCCUGCCGGUCUGGGUUCAGUCCGACUUCAGGGUCAGCGAGGUACCCCGCCAACUUCCCGGAGCAUCGCGUGCCCGAGCCAUGGCCCAGGGGCUGUACCACAAGGAGUUCGCCCGGGCGGGCAAGCAGGCGGGGCUGCAUGUCUGGAGGAUCGAGAAACUGGAGCUGGUGGCCGUGCCCGAGAGCGCUUACGGUGACUUCUACGUCGGGGAUGCGUACCUGGUGCUACACACGACCCAGGCCAGGCGGGGCUUCACGUACCGCCUGCACUUCUGGCUCGGAAAGGAGUGUACUCAGGAUGAAAGCACAGCAGCUGCCAUCUUUACUGUGCAGAUGGAUGACUAUUUGGGUGGCAAGCCCGUGCAGAAUAGAGAACUUCAAGGCUAUGAGUCUAUGGAUUUUGUUGGCUACUUCAAAGGAGGUCUGAAAUACAAGGCUGGAGGCGUGGCGUCUGGACUCAAUCAUGUUCUCACAAAUGACUUGACCGCCCAGAGGCUCCUGCAUGUGAAAGGUCGGAGAGUGGUCAGGGCCACAGAAGUUCCUCUAAGCUGGGACAGUUUCAACAAGGGUGACUGCUUCAUCAUUGACCUUGGCACUGAAAUUUACCAGUGGUGUGGAUCCUCUUGCAACAAAUAUGAGCGUCUGAAGGCCAGCCAGGUUGCCAUUGGCAUUCGGGACAAUGAAAGGAAAGGAAGAUCUCAACUAAUUGUGGUGGAAGAAGGGCAUGAAACAUCAGAGCUUAUAACGGUUUUAGGGGAAAAGCCGGAGCUUAGGGAUGGAGAAGAGGAUGACGACAUUAUAGCAGACAUAACUAACAGGAAAAUGGCUAAACUCUACAUGGUUUCAGAUGCCAGUGGCUCCAUGAAAGUGAGCAUGGUGGCAGAAGAAAACCCCUUCUCCAUGGCGAUGCUGCUUUCUGAAGAAUGCUUCAUUUUGGACCACGGUGCUGCAAAACAGAUUUUUGUAUGGAAAGGUAGAGAUGCUAAUCCCCAUGAGAGAAAGGCUGCCAUGAAGACAGCUGAAGAAUUCCUAGAACAAAUGCAUUAUUCUACUAAUACUCAGAUUCAAGUUCUUCCAGAAGGAGGUGAAACACCAAUCUUCAAACAGUUCUUUAAGGACUGGAGAGAUAAAGAUCAGAGUGAUGGCUUUGGGAAAGUAUACGUCACUGAGAAAGUGGCUCAGAUAAAACAAAUUCCAUUUGACGCCUCAAAAUUACACAGUUCUCCACAAAUGGCAGCCCAGCAUAAUAUGGUGGAUGAUGGUUCUGGCAAAGUGGAGAUUUGGCGUGUAGAAAACAAUGGUAGGAUCGAAAUUGACCGAAACUCGUAUGGUGAAUUCUAUGGUGGUGACUGCUACAUUAUACUCUACACUUAUCCCAGAGGACGGAUUAUCUACACCUGGCAAGGAGCAAAUGCCACGAGGGAUGAGCUGACGACCUCCGCCUUCCUGACCGUUCAGUUGGAUAGAUCCCUUGGAGGACAGGCUGUGCAGAUCCGAGUCUCCCAAGGCAAAGAACCUGCUCACCUGCUGAGUUUGUUCAAAGACAAACCGCUCAUUAUUUACAAGAACGGAACAUCAAAGAAAGGAGGUCAGGUGCCGGCCCCCCCUACACGCCUCUUUCAAGUCCGAAGAAACCUGGCAUCGAUCACCAGAAUUGUGGAGGUAGAUGUUGAUGCAAAGUCAUUGAAUUCCAAUGAUGUUUUUGUCCUGAAACUACGACAAAAUAAUGGCUACAUCUGGAGAGGAAAAGGGGCCAGCCAGGAGGAGGAGAAGGGAGCAGAGUAUGUGGCAAGUGUCCUCAAAUGUAAAACCACGAGGAUGCAGGAAGGCAAGGAACCAGAGGAGUUUUGGAAUUCCCUUGGAGGGAAAAAAGACUACCAGACCUCUCCCCUGCUAGAAACCCAGGCUGAAGACCAUCCACCUCGGCUUUACGCCUGCUCCAACAAAACUGGAAGAUUCUUUGUUGAAGAGGUUCCAGGAGAGUUCACCCAGGAUGAUUUAGCAGAAGAUGAUGUCAUGUUACUAGAUGCUUGGGAACAGAUUUUUAUUUGGAUUGGAAAAGACGCCAAUGAAGUUGAGAGAUCAGAAUCUCUGAAGUCUGCCAAAAUAUACCUUGAGACAGACCCUUCUGGAAGAGACAAGGGGACGCCGAUUGUCAUCAUAAAACAGGGCCAUGAGCCAUCUACAUUCACAGGCUGGUUCCUGGGCUGGGAUUCCAGCAGGUGGUAAACUGAGUUUUGUAGGAAAAAGCAAGCAAACAAACAUUAUGGGGCAGCUGUCCCAUUGCUGUUUGGUGGGGAGAAAGGGGGAGUUGUUUGUUUGACUUUAGAAAAUUAACCUCAGCCAUGUGGCUAUUUUUUAAUGCUUAGUACUGGUUUGAAAUUUCUUUUAAACUGGAAUUUUCUUACGUUAAUGUUUUUAAAUAACUUAAAGUAAACUUUUGUUAUGGACCAGUAUUAGCUCUGCUGGAUGCUGGCUUAUAUCUUUUAUAUGACCUUUUAAAGGAGAAAAGCUACGCGCAGUCUAGGGGAGUUUGUCAGGAAAUUUUACAAUUCAGGAGUGAUUAGCCAAACUUGUACUUUAAUAUAUCAGAGAAGAAACUUAUAAAUGCCUUUGAGGUUAUUCUCCUUUCUGUGUGUUGUGUUCAGAAGAAUCGCAUAGUUGCAGUAAGGUUUCCAUUAAGAUAGCUUUAAAAGUUUGUUGUUUUCCUUCUUUAGCCAAUGUGACUUUGAUACCAUUAACUCUUAAGUGUCAUUUUCUUUUCUUUUUUUUUAACUUUUUGGCCGCACCCCACGGCACGUGGGAUCUUAGUUCCCCAACCAGGGAUUGAACCCACGCCUCCUGCAUUGGAAGGCAGAGUCUUGACCACCGGGGAAGUCCCAAGUGUCAUUUUCUAGGAGAAACUUCACCUUUUUGGCCUUUUAAAAAGCCUUUGAAAGCACAGCUCUUUCAUGACAAAAUAAUUUGUAUUCAUAUCCACUUUUAUAUAUAUCUAUAUAUUUGACAGUACAUGUUUAAUAUCACAAAAGAUAUGUACAAAAAUAUCUCACUAAUCCUG